AUGGCUCUUGCGCCUCAUCCAUCGCCUCCGGGUGUCAUGGGUCUGCAACCCGGCCCUCAUUUUGGACAGGUCAAUGGAGCUACGCCUGUCGACGCGCAUAUGCAGCGCCAACGCCUUUUAGCGCAAUUGAACGAAUCGACAUGGCAACGAAUAGGAUCGUUGAACGAGUUACUUGGAGACCACGAGGCCGCUCUGUUUGCCUAUGAACAAGCUCUCAGACACAACCAAUGGUCUACCCAGACCUUGAAUGCGAUUUCAACCAUUCUCCGGACAAAGGAGAAGUACCCUGAAGCUAUGGAUUAUCUCAAAAACAUCCUGAAGGUCGAGCCCGCCAACGGUGAGGCGUGGGGAAACCUAGGCCACUGCUACUUGAUGAUGGAUAACCUCCAAGAGGCCUAUACUGCCUACCAGCAGGCUCUUUACUACCUGCCCAAACCCAACGAGCCGAAGCUAUGGUACGGUAUCGGCAUCCUCUACGACCGAUAUGGCUCCUUGGAGCAUGCUGAGGAGGCCUUCUCUCAGGUCAUGCGAAUGCAGCCAGACUUCGAGAAAGCCAACGAGAUCUAUUUUAGACUCGGAAUAAUCUACAAGCAGCAACAGAAGUUCGCCAACAGCCUCGAAUGCUUCAAGUACAUCGUCAAUGAUCCGCCGCGCCCUUUGAACGAAGAAGACAUCUGGUUCCAGAUUGGCCACGUCUAUGAGCAGCAGAAGGAUUUUGAGGCCGCAAAACAGGCGUACAGGCGUGUUCUCGAGCGAGAUCCGAAACACGCCAAAGUGCUACAGCAGCUCGGCUGGUUACAUCAUCAGCAGAGUAACAGUUAUGCCAGCCAAGACCAGGCCAUUGAAUACCUCGAACAGUCGGUCAGCUCAGACAACUCCGAUGCCCAGAGCUGGUAUCUACUCGGCAGAUGUUACAUGGCACAGCAGAAAUUCCCCAAAGCAUAUGAAGCUUACCAACAAGCUGUUUACCGUGAUGGACGGAAUCCCACAUUUUGGUGCUCCAUCGGGGUGCUGUACUAUCAAAUCAAUCAGUACCGAGACGCACUCGAUGCAUACUCGCGCGCCAUCCGUCUGAAUCCUUAUAUCUCGGAGGUGUGGUACGACCUUGGAACGCUGUAUGAGUCAUGCAACAAUCAAACCUCUGAUGCUCUUGACGCGUAUGCCCGAGCAGCUGAACUUGACCCAACGAAUUCUCAUAUCAAGGCCCGUCUUGCCCUUCUGAGAAGCGGAGCAGCCACAGGGCCUAAUCAGCACAAUGCGCCUGUUCCGCAAGAUGUUCACCCACAGGCAUAUCAGAACGGUGUCGGCGUUCCUCCUGGUCCUCACUGGGGUGGGCCGUCGUCAUCCAAUCAGCAACCACAACAACCUCCAGUCGACCCAGCCCGUGUCAACGACUGGGCGAGAGGUAUCGCGGGUAUUAACCCGCCUCCCGGUCAACAGUCGCAGUCACAGCCGCCGGCGCAGCAGCAACAGCAGUCUCUGCCACAGCCGCCACCGCAGCAGCCGCCGCCGCCACAACAGCAACCACUUAACGGCUAUGAAGGACGCGAUGCCAUGAGAGCUCCACCUCCACGAGCCCCUAGCCCGCGUCAGGACGGUCCACGUCAGUAUGAUUCAGCACGUCAGACACCUAUCCGCAAGCUGCAAUCACCGUCGCCUAAGAUGCAGCCGGCUAACCCAGGCAUGUUCCCGCCUGGGCCUCAGACUCUGCCCCAGAUCUCAAUGCAAGAUCGUCCUCCAGCAUUCGGUAGCGGGGUCCGUCCUUCUCCUACCAUGAAUGGAGCACCAGCGCCCCAUGCUAAUGGCAGUGCCUCCGGCUCAACUCUUCCACCAUAUGGGCGGCCUUUCAGUCCACCUAGUGAGCUGCGACCCCUUAGGGAUGAACGACCGCAAUCGCCAGGGGGCGGCUAUCGCCCACCGCCAUAUCAGUCCGGUCAACCAUUCCCUGGCAUUGCUAAUGGUGUGGCGUCCGCGGCGCCUCCUCCUCUUCCUCCCGUGGAGGGACCUCGUGACGAUCGCCCACCCUCCGCUAUGAAACGGAGCCGUGAGUGGGAGUCCGAUGGAGGGCCUUCUAAGAAGAUAGCAAACGAAGAAACUCGUGCGCGCUUGGAUGACCCCGCCCGACGGAAUAGCCCUCCAGGUCGUUUACCAACGCCGAAAGAUCAUUACAGGCGGAGCUCAUCUGAGUCUCGUCGCGAGAUUGAACGACGGGCAAAUGAGAACUACCAUCCUUCGGAGGCAGCACAUCAUCCGUACAGCCACCCCCAGCAGAUCCCGUCAAUGCAGUCAAUAUUGGACGCCCCGAAGGAGGACCGGAAAGAGCAGGUCGAGCAGGCAGCUCGCAAGGUCGACGUCGAUGAGGACUAUGACAACAACAGUGAGGACGAUAAGCGCGCUCCUCCUUCAGCAGCUCUGAGCAGCCCCCAGGGGGGGCAACCUCCAGCCGUAACACCCAAACAAGAGAAUGCAGCAUAA